AUGAGACCCUGGUCCCCAAAGCGAGCGAAGAAGCAACAGGAGGAGGGCCCCCGCCGUUGCUACCUUAUGGAAUUACCCACCGAGCUGUUGUUGGAGAUCAUAUCCCAUCUGACAGUCCUCCCGGAGGCUGCGCUUGCGCUGACCAACAAGCGCAUGUUUGCGAUCUCAGGGGAAAUCUUGUUUUCAAAAUCCCUCCGAUUCAGUCGCGACUUCGCGCCGCUUUUCCACCAUUACCGCAAUGGACACAACUUUUUCACACCUCGGUGGUCAUUCCUCAGCUUGUUGGAGAACAGCCGCUGGAAGCUUUGCUCCAAGUGUUUGAAGCUGCACCCUCGCGCUGCGUUCCCAUCCAAGGAGCUGAGACGGAAGCCGGAGAAUCGCACAUGCAAUAUUGGAGAAUUGGCAGGGGUUGUCGAUUUGUGCCCAUGCAAGAAAUUAACGUUCCGAGACAAACUCGAUCUAGCGGAUCAGGUUAGGGUGCGGCAGGUGACCCUGAAUGCCCUGAAAUCAGAAUUCGGAAAUGCCGUCAGCGACCGCUACUGUUGGCAUACUUGCACUGAACAGUAUGGUCCAACCGAGCUAAAGACAUCAUUGUUUCCGGAACUCAAUGAAGACAACCAGUUGGUUAUUCGCACAGAAUACCAACUCACCACUGAGUCAGGCCAAGUUGGAAAGGAAGAUUAUAUGACGCCGCGCUUCGGCUGUGCACAUCGAUCGAUGGACCUGUGGCUUUCGAGCGUCCACCAAACCACCGUAUGCCGACUUUUCGACUCGUCCUGUUCAUCUUGCCAGCGUAUAUCUGUUUGCAGCGCAUGCGAUACGACAUUGAAAUGCCCACGAAAAUCGCCUUUCCAUUCCGAGAAAUCUGGCAAAGCGACAUAUUCAUUCUGGACCCAGAGAAACCUCGGAGGUACGGGCCCAGCUCCCGACCAGGCUUGGGCAGUACAAAGAAUCCAUCCAGCGGAGCCUUCAGUCGGUGUCGAAAACUGCAACGAACUGUGUCCUUGGACGAUCCGUGAACAUCCAGCGCUCUCAUUCGCGCCCAGUAUAGAGCAGGAAAUCAUCGAUCCCGGAAUAGGUAAUCAACCCAUCAGCGAACUUCAUACAUACCUCAACAUGAUUUAA